CCGGUCGCGGAGCCAUGUCGCGGCCCAGGCACGUCCCGCCCAGGCAGCCCGGCAGGGGCGCGGGGGGCUCGGGCAGCGCUGCCGCGGCGUCCCGUGUCCGGGGCGGCAAAGGUCUCAGGGAUGUCCGCGUGGACGAGGAGGUGGAGAUCGCGGUGAACCUCGCCCUGGAGCGGUUCCGCUACGGCGAGGACACAGAAAUGGAAUUUCCCUCUUCUUUCACUAGUACUGAAAGAGCAUUUGUUCACCGGCUCUGUCAGUCUCUUGGACUGAUAUCUAAAAGUAAAGGAAAAGGGACAAAUCGAUACCUAACUGUAAGGAAAAAGCAUGGAUCAGAACUAAAACAUACAGUAAUGACUUGUGCCUUGACUCCUGUUACAAAACAUGCUGUUUGUACUUUAAUUCGAAAUUUUCCUGUCACGAAUAAAGAAAGAACAGAACUUCUGCCAAAGACGGAGCGAGGAAAUGCAUGUGCUGUUGAAUCUGAAAACAGGGAAGUGAUUAAGACAAGUGGACGACUUAAUGAUGGUGUACCCCAGGUUCCAGUGAAAAGAGGAGAAUCAGAGUUUGAUUCCUUCAGGCAAUAUCUACCAGUUUUUGAAAAACAGGAAGAAAUUGUCAAGAUAAUAAAGGACAAUAAAGUUGUUUUGAUUGUAGGAGAAACGGGAUCAGGAAAAACUACUCAAAUCCCUCAGUUUAUUCUUGACGACUGUUACAAAACUGGAACUCCCUGUCGUAUAUUUUGCACUCAACCAAGACGUUUGGCAGCACUUGCUGUGGCUGAAAGAGUGGCAGCAGAAAGAAGAGAAAAGAUUGGCCAGACUAUUGGUUAUCAAAUACGAUUAGAAAGCAGGGUCUCUCCAAAGACACUGGUAACAUUUUGCACUAAUGGCAUCCUGCUUCGCACGCUCAUGGCAGGAGACAGCACCCUAUCUAACGUGACACAUGUUAUUGUGGAUGAAGUACAUGAGAGGGAUAGGUUCAGUGACUUCUUGUUAAUAAAACUGAGAGAUGUGUUGCAAACCCAGACUAAUUUAAAACUCAUUAUUUCUAGUGCUGCUCUAGAUGCCAAUCUCUUUAUUAGGUAUUUUGGAUGUUGCCCAGUAAUAUACAUCCAAGGAAGACCUUUUGAAGUGAAAGAGAUGUUUUUGGAGGACAUUUUACGAAGUACUGGGUAUACAAAUAAAGAGAUGAUAAAGUACAAAAAAGAGAAGCAGCGAGAAGAGAAGCAGCAAAGCUCUCUUACUGAAUGGUGUUCUGCUCAAGAAAAUAAUAGCAAACUGGAACCUCAGAGACCAAAAUCUGUCCCGAGGGCAGCUGAAGAGUAUAAUCUGUUGGGUGAUGGUGGUGACACAGUAUUUAAUCAACUGACUGAAAAAGAUGUGAAUUGCCUUGAACCGUGGCUAAUAAAAGAAAUGGAUUCUUGUCUUUCUGACAUCUGGUUGCAUAAAGAUAUUGAUUCCUUUGCUCAGGUGUUCCACCUCAUUUUAACGGAAAAUCUUAGUGUUGAUUAUAGACAUAGUGAAACCAGUGCGACUCCAUUAAUGAUUGCUGCAGGGAGAGGCUUUUUGAAUCAAGUAGAACAGCUGAUCAGUAUGGGAGCAAGUAUCCACUGCAGAUCAUCUAAUGGCUGGAUGGCUGUGGACUGGGCUAAGCACUUCGGACAGACAGAGGUUGUUGACCUCUUGGAAUCCUACAGUGCUUCAGCAGGAUUUGGAAAUUUGGAUGAAAGUUCCCUGGUCCGAACAAGUGGUAAUGACCUUAGUGCAGAGGACAGAGAGUUACUGACAGCUUAUCAUCACAGUUCUGAUGAUGAAAAAGUGGAUCUGGACCUGAUUAUGCACUUACUUUAUAACAUCUGUCAAAGUUCUGAGGCUGGCGCAAUUUUAAUAUUUCUUCCUGGAUACGAUGAGAUAGUGAGCCUGAGGGACCGUAUUCUUUAUGAUGACAGGAGAUUUGCUGAUAAUGCGCACAGGUACCAGGUUUUCAUGCUUCAUUCAAAUAUGCAGACCUUGGAUCAGAAGAAAGUGCUUAAAAGUCCACCUUCUGGUGUCCGCAAAAUAAUUCUUUCUACAAAUAUUGCAGAAACCAGCAUAACAGUCAAUGAUGUUGUAUUUGUUAUUGACUCAGGCAAGGUGAAAGAGAAGUCUUUUGAUGCACUGAGUUGUGUUACAAUGCUAAAAAUGGUGUGGAUUUCAAAAGCCAGUGCUAUCCAGAGAAAAGGCAGGGCUGGGCGCUGUCAGCCUGGAGUCUGUUUUCGUCUCUUCAGCAGGCUCCGAUUUCAGAAUAUGCUGGAAUUUCAGACUCCAGAACUUCUAAGAAUGCCACUUCAGGAGCUUUGUUUACACACAAAACUUCUGGCUCCAAUUAAUUGUUCAAUUGUUGACUUUCUUACGAAAGCUCCUGAUCCUCCACCAGCUUUAAUUGUGAGAAAUGCUCUCCAAAUGCUCAAGACUAUAGAUGCCAUGGACCCUUGGGAAGAUCUCACUGAACUUGGUUAUCAUCUCACUGAACUGCCAGUAGAGCCACACCUUGGCAAAAUGGUGCUGUGUGCUGUAGCUUUGAAGUGCCUGGAUCCUGUUCUCACCAUUGCUUGUGCUCUUGCCUACCGAGACCCCUUUGUCCUUCCUGCACUGGCCUCCCAAAAGCGUGCAGCCAUGCUCUGCAGGAAGCGUUUUACUGCAGGAACCUUUAGUGACCAUAUGGUGCUUCUCAGGGCUUUCCAGGCAUGGCAGAAAGCACGCAGUGAUGGCUGGGAGAGAGCCUUCUGUGAGAAGAACUUCUUGUCUCAAGCCACAAUGGAAAUCAUUGUAGGCAUGAGAACACAAUUGCUUGGCCAACUUAGGGCCUCAGGUUUUGUUAGAGCUAGAGGAGGAGCUGAUAUUAGAGAUGUUAAUAUUAACUCUGAAAACUGGGCUGUAGUUAAAGCUGCCCUAGUGGCUGGGAUGUAUCCCAAUCUGGUACAUGUAGACAGAGAAAGCCUGGUUUUGACUGGACCAAAGGAGAAGAAAGUGCGAUUUCAUCCUACCUCUGUGCUUAGUCAAACUCAAUAUAAAAAGAUUCCCCCAGCAAAUGGCCAAACUGCAGCUGUUCAGGCACUGCCUACAGACUGGCUUAUAUAUGACGAAAUGACGAGAGCUCACAGGAUAGCGAACAUCAGGUGCUGUUCUGUUGUGACACCUGUCACUGUGGCACUCUUCUGUGGACCAGCUAGAUUACCCCGUAAUGCUUUGCAGACAUCUUCAUCCUUUCGAGGGGAUGGGGUAUCUAAUGAGAGCAGCGACAGCGAGAUGGAGGACAAAACAACUGCUGAUUUAUCACUACUGAAGUUAGAUGAAUGGCUCCAUCUCAGACUGGACCCUGAAGCUGCUGAUUUGCUGUUGCAACUUAGACAGAAGUGGCAUAGCUUAUUUCUGCGUCGUAUGAGAGCUCCUUCAAAGUUGUGGUCUCAAGCUGAUGAAGCAACUGUAAGAACAAUUGUAGCUGUUUUAACUGCCGAAGAACAGUCUGCAGGUUUGCAGCAGCCUUCGGGAAUUGGUCAGAGACCAAGAACUGUGGUUUCAGAAGAAUUUCCUUUAGCAUCUACAUGGAGGUUGGCCAACAACAGAAAAAGUUCAGCAGAAACUGAAUUCUCUGACUCCUCUAAUGCUGAAAAAGUUUUAAUGAAAUCUACACCUCCUGCACUUCACCAGGCAAAGAAGUACAAACGAAAAAAUAUUUUGCACUCCAAACAAACUUCAGAUGACAGGUCAGAUCGAUCAUCAGUGAAGUCUGCAGACAGCAGUAGCUAUCCUAGCCCCUGUGCUAGUCCUUGUUCUCCAGUAUCUGGAAAGUGUUCUACAUCUCCUUCACCAAGACAAAAUAUGCCAGUUCGGUACUUUAUAAUGAAAAGUAGCAACUUGCAGAACAUUGAUAUUUCUCAGCAGAAGGGUAUAUGGUCCACUACGCCAAGUAAUGAGCGAAAACUGAAUGGAGCCUUUUGGGAGAGCGGCACAGUUUACUUAAUAUUUUCUGUUCAAGGGUCUGGACACUUUCAGGGUUUUGCUAGAAUGAGUUCAGCAAUAGGGUGUGAGAAAAGUCAAGAGUGGGGAUCUACUGGUUUUGGAGGUGUAUUUAAGGUGGAGUGGAUCCGAAAAGAAAGCAUUCCUUUUCAGUUUGCACACCAUUUGCUCAACCCUUGGAAUGACAAUAAGAAAGUACAAAUAAGCAGAGAUGGGCAGGAGCUGGAACCACAAGUUGGAGAGCAGUUGCUGCAGCUUUGGGACCAUAUUCCUUUGGCAGGAAAAAACUCAGCUGAUUAAGCAUGUCGGAUAAUGUGAUGGAGCUGUGGUUGUUGGAACAUCAGCUCUAACCACAAGAACCAGCAGCACGUCUACAAUGUAAAGAUGAGGAAGAAGGUGGCGCAACAAGCUCCUGAAGCUGCUACUCAUACUGCACAGUUAGCAGUGGAAAAAUAAGAGGGAAUUAUGUUAGUUUCAGUGUUUCCUUGUUUUAACAUGCCAACAACAUUAUUCACUUCUGGUUUUGACUGAAGUAUUUUUUCUACAGUAGAUAGUCCAGUAGAUAUUCAAAAAUGAGGUAAAGUUCAAAACUGAUUUUGAAACAAUGCAACACCUGUAAGUUGUUCAUGGGUUUAAAGUAGCACAGCAGACAGUUUAAAUACACAGUUUACAUUUAAAGAGUUCUCCUGUAAAAUCCAGUAAAAUGUUUGAAAGAAAACUGUGUAAUGUUAAUUAAUCAAUCUUGCAGUUUGCAUAAAAGAAAUAAUUUGAGAAUAAAUGGCUCCAGAUGGAUUAUAGGAUUCCAUAAGUGUUUGUAUGGCAGUGCAAACUUCUGUAUGACAGUGCAAGAGUGCAGGAUAUAUUCAUACAAACAAUUAUACAGCUGGAGAAUAUUAAUUUUUAAGUUAAAUUCGUGAGACUUUUGAGUGUGGGUUGGUCCAGUGGUGUUUCAAAUAUUUUUUUGUCUUUAAGAAGUACUCACAGUUGGACAAGCUGGAACAGUCUUUCAGAGGCCUGUUGCCAAAUGGUACUCUAAUUGUUCACUACUUGGGCAUUGUUAGAAGAUUUUUACUUCUUUUAUAAAAAAUAAAAAAUAAUUACCAGUACCACA